AUGAUUUACGAUCAAGUUCGGUCAUUAAUCCAAGGAAUCGGAUCAAGACCAGGACAAGGACAAGGAUUCCGAGACCUUUUCGAUCAUGGAGGCGGCGAACUUGGCAAUGGUCUAGCAUCGGGACCAUUGGUUCCUGCGGCAGACUUGGCUCGUUUGGUGCGAUCUUGCGAUGAAGACUAUGUGAGCACUUACUUCUUCACAUUGCUUAAAUCUUUUAAAACCAUCGCGUUUCUGUACCACGAUUUGGGUAAACUGUUCCUAUUCUAUUCCAUCGUUCGGUUGUUAUUUUUCUGUUCUUAA